AUGAGGCUGCUCUUAGACUCCGUCCUCUUCGGUACGUGCUCUCCCUCCUCUGCGUUUGUCAUGGCAGGUGAAAUAGUUUAUGCUGAUUUAAACAUUUUGGGAGCCUCUUCCAACCCAUUGCAUCCACCUCGGCACCUCAAUCACACUCAGUGUCCCCGCUGGCAUCGACUCGCUGCAAGGCUUGGAGCAGCUGGGAUCCUCAUCCUGCUGGGAGCGGUGAUAGCCAUGGGCGUUUGGGUUUUUCAGACCAAAGGAUCUCUGAAUUCACUGGAGAACAAGGGUACCAGGGAGACACUCAUCCAUCAAUCCAACUGCAGCACUGGCCUAAAAGAUUUCCAGUUCCACUUGAAACAAUUUGUGUGUGAAUCAUCUCACAACAACUCAGCAGAGGGAGCAGGGUGCAAGCUCUGCCCCCCAAACUGGCUGCUGCGCAGGGACAAGUGCUACUGGGUGUCUAAAGAAAAAAAGCCCUGGGACAAGAGCCGCGAUGACUGUUCAAGGAGGAGCUCUCGGCUGCUGGUGAUCCGGGACCAGGAUGAGAUGACUUUCAUUCAAAAUACUACCAAAGAUGCUCAGCAGAUCUGGCUUGGACUCACUGUUACAUCCUCCGCGAGGAAUUGGACUUGGGUGGACGGCUCCGUGUUCAAUCAAACACUGUUCAAGGUAGUGGAUCCUGCUGAAAAGAACAGCUGUGGGGUGAUAAAAGCAGAUAGGGUUCAUUUUGAAACCUGCAGUGCCGUAUCUACAUGGAUUUGUGAAAAAGAUCCUCUCCAGAUAUAGACAGUGACAUUACCUGUAUUUUCGAUAUGUGAACGAGAAAUCUUCUUUAGUUUCAGUCUGUCCCAUAAAUGAUGAAUGUUGAAGGGGAGCUUCAAAGGGAAAACUUGAGCUUGUGCCCUUCCACCUCCCCCCUGCUUUUAUAAGGUGGAUA